GCGGAAAGGGUAUUUAUAGAGACUCCUUGCUCUUAAUAUACACAAAGACACCUCUUUCCAUCUCUAUGCUACCGGCAGCAGAAAGACAGCUGAUGCAUCUAGCUAUUCCAAAAUAGUAAAUUGACCGUUCCGUUGGAAGAAGUGGUUGGGAACAGAACUGUACAGGGAGGCCAAAACCGAAGGAGCUCGCAGUCAGGAUUCAAAGAGAGGAGACGUCUGACAGCUGAAGCCAGCAGGGAGGGAAUCGAAACGAUCAGCCGCUCCUGAGACUCACAGAGUGUAUUCUGUACUGAGUAAAUAGCUAACUGCUAAAUCUUCAGUGAUAGUGUUACUAUUAUGAAUGUUGGUUUUGCUCUGCCAGGGCAAACACAGCGAUGCAUCCUCGUUACAGUGCAGGACUUUGGUCUAGUCCAGCAUAAAAACUAGCUAAAAUCCAAACAACUUAUUAUAAAACUAUUGAUGAUGGACCAAUCUGAAGCUACAGCCUGUCGAUGUUACCCAUUGAGGCUCCAGACCAGUUGUAGCCCAGUCAGAGACACGGGUAGCAGGAUAGGGAAGCAGAGCGGAGAGGCCGCUGCCGCCACAGCCGGGCUGGCGGAUAAGAUGGCGGGCAGCCCUGAGAAGAGUGUCUCUGCGCAGGAGUGGAAGGAGCAAGGCAACCGUCUCUUCCUCAGCCGCAAGUACCAGGAGGCGGCUGCCUGCUACAGCAAAGCCAUUAACCGGAACCCCUCAGUGUCUGUGUACUACACCAACCGGGCCUUGUGUCAUGUGAAGCUGCAGCAGCAUGACAAGGCCCUGGCUGACUGCAAGCACGCUCUGGAGCUGGACAGCCAGUCGGUCAAGGCCCACUUCUUCCUGGGCCAGUGCCACCUGGAGAUGGAGAACUAUGACGAAGCCAUCGGCAACCUGCAGAGAGCAUAUAACCUGGCAAAAGAGCAACGUUUGAACUUUGGUGACGACAUUCCCGGAGCCCUCCGGAUAGCCAAGAAAAAGCGCUGGAACAGCAUUGAGGAGAAGCGCAUCAACCAGGAGAACAAACUGCACGCAUAUCUCACCAAACUGAUUCUGGCUGAGAAGGAGAGGGAACUGGAUAACAGCAGAGAUGAACAAGAUGACAAGUUAGAGGAACGCAGAAGCCGACAUGACCUCACAAAGUUCCAGUCUAAACAUGACAAGCACCUUGCGGAGAUGGAGGAGCUUUUUUCUCAGGUGGAUGAGAAGAGGAAGAAGCGGGAAAUCCCGGACUACCUGUGUGGAAAAAUCAGCUUUGAGUUGAUGAGGGAGCCCUGCAUCACUCCCAGUGGGAUCACCUACGACCGCAAAGACAUCGAAGAGCACCUACAGCGAGUUGGCCAUUUUGACCCAGUGACACGCAGCCCUCUGACUCAGGAUCAGCUGAUCCCUAAUUUGGCCAUGAAGGAGGUCAUCGAUGCGUUCAUCAUGGAGAAUGGAUGGGUGGAGGACUACUGAAUGUAAAAAGUAGAGAGAGGGAGGGAACGCAGGAGGGAUGAAGGGAGGGAGGAGAAAAACCUGACAUUACAAGUCAGAACCAGAUGCCCUCCUUUCAUAUGUCGAGGCCACACCGUAUACUGUCACACCUCGACUUGGACUGCCACCCCGCCACCCCAUCUUUUUCUCAUCUUUCAUUCCUUGUCAGACAAUUACAUUUUCUCACUGCUGCUCAUACUGGUCCAAACUAAUCCGGACCCAACAAUCACGACACGCCACAAUACCAAACACUUCAACCGAAUUGGAGAGCAUCAUCCACCAAAGGGAGCUGGUCAGAAUCUGGUAGCCCCAAACCAGUUGGACCGCCCACACGAACGUUGCAAUCAGAACAUCAUCAUCAUCAUCAUCAUCUUCUUCCGCUUAUCCGGGGCCGGGUCGCGGGGGCAGCAGUCUAAGCAGGGAUGCCCAGA